UGUCUAAAUAUAGACACAGUCACACGGGUAUUAAUUGCAUUGUGUGUAUCUCAUCAUAGACAGGAAACGGGAUGUGAUUUAAAUGUUUUAGUGUAUAAUUGUAUAAUUUUAUGAUAUCAGUUGAUGAGGAUAUUUUCAUUAAUGCCACUGUGUGUAAGAAGACAAAACAGACUCAACAUGGAACAGACUCAACAUGGUGUCUGUGGGUAGCUGUUAUUCUUUUUCUAAUCCGGAUUACCUUAGAAAUAUGAAUAAAGAGAAUGUUUCAUGAUUGACAAGGAGGUAGUCCCGCCUUUUCUAUCGUGAGGAGUUCAGCAUGCUCUAGGUUGUUGACCAAUCAGAUGCCGUUAUGCAGUGCUUAAGUUAACGAUGUAUCCAGCCACGCCGCGCGAGAGCAUUUUCAUGUCUCCGCCCCUCCCAUUAGACCACUGAAACAGAUUUGAGUAGCAAGAACAUAAUUCAAUGCUCGACUUUGCGUUAGUCGAUUUUCCAAUGCCGGUUUCAUUGGAAAAUCACUCACUGUUUGAUCAAAUUUGUAAGUAAAUAUUUAUAAAAUACGGCCUAAUCUUCUUUUUCAAAGUAAAAGGAAACGCGACAGACGAAAUUAUUUUUUAAGCGCACGGAAAGAGAACGAUCUUCAGAAUUAAGAGGAAACAUCUUGUGAAGACUUUAAUAAGUUGGACAGAGCUUGAAAAAACUAACCUAGCACUAAGAUGGUAGAGACGUAUUCCCUCGCUGACGAAUUUGACUGGUGAUUCAAUAUUGCACGCAACAUCAUCAAUUUAUGGUGGGAAGGAAACUUCAGAUUUGGGACUACGGAAUGGUAGAGAAGACAAAUAUGAUUUUGUCAGACCAUAAUGGGUUUUCGGACCCCCCUCCCUGCUCUGGGGAAAUGUCACAUUUCGAUCUUAACCAACAUCAGCACCACAUGCAGACUAUGCCGGUUUUGAAUAAAUUCGAGUCCCCAAGUUUUUGCGCUGGGUGUGGAUCCAGAAUUCUGGACCGAUAUUACUUAAUGGCGGUGGACAAACAGUGGCACGUGCAUUGCCUGAAAUGUUGCGAGUGUAAAAUUGGUCUGGAUUCCGAACUCACCUGCUUUGCACGAGAAGGAAAUAUUUACUGUAAAGAGGAUUAUUACAGAAGAUACGCUGUCAAGCGGUGCUCAAGAUGUCAUCAGGGAAUCACGGCGAAUGAACUUGUCAUGCGCGCAAAAGACUUAGUGUUUCACAUCAGUUGUUUUACGUGUGCAUCGUGCAAUAAGACCCUCACAACGGGUGAUCAGUUCGGGAUGCAGGACGAUUUAAUAUAUUGUAGAAAUGACUACGAAAUCAUUUUCCAAGGUGACUAUUUUUCACGAAUGCAUCCAGCAAUGCCGUGUCCCAAUGGCGGACAUCUUCCGUUUUACAAUGGAGUCGGAACAGCGGUACAAAAGGGGCGACCCAGAAAAAGGAAGAAUCACAUCAUUGAUCAUGAUGGCUGCCCGCCGGGCAUGGGUCUUGGACAUGGGGACGGUCCGGAUAGAGGGGGCGAUCUUAUGAGACAAGAUGGUGGAUACGGAUCACAGCCGCCCCCGCGACAAAAAAGAGUCCGGACAUCAUUCAAACAUCACCAGUUGCGUACCAUGAAAUCUUACUUCGCUCUUAACCAUAAUCCCGACGCCAAAGACCUGAAACAGCUCGCCCAAAAGACCGGGCUUUCCAAAAGAGUUUUACAGGUGUGGUUUCAAAAUGCGAGAGCGAAAUACAGAAGAAAUAUGUUAAAGAGUGACUCUGACAAACCGAACCAGGGGGGUAGCCAAUCAAAUGACCAGUCAUCCGUCAGCCAAGAUGAUGACAAAAUAAAAGACGACCAAUCAAUCUCCGAGUUGACGGAGCUUGAUGACAGCCAAUCGCCCGACGCCAUGUCGGACAUUAGCUCUACGCCAUCUUUAUCUGAUCUUCACAGCAAUCACAUGGAGUCGGACCACUCAAGCAGUAGUCUAUCAGACUUAUUUACUAAUUCAAUAAACUCGCUUAGCUGAGAGAUUUUCCGUGUCACUUGGUGUAUUGGUGUGAAGUAUAGACAAGUGCUCCUGUAUUGUUCUCUAAUGAAAUGUAUCUUUUAUUGUAAUUACACAACUUGGUCACGUGAUCAGAGGGGAAAAAUGAAGAUCCUGAUCCUUCUUGGAUAUCAAAUAGCAAUGGGAUGAAAAACAAACACUUGUCAUUGAAGUUUCUUUUUUUUUCUUUUUUGAAUACCGAUACGUCAAAAGAGGGUGAGAUUGAUAUCCUUGAGUGGAGGCUACUCAUUGACGAGAACUAAGAGAGGAACAAACUCUCAAGAUAUAUUCUCGCACCUGGAGACCAUAGAAAUAUCAUCGAUUCAAACGAAUAAUAUGUCUCUAAUCUGCACUGUAUAGAUAUAUUUUCUCAGGUGUCAAGUCUGGGGUGUUAACACGAAGUAAAUCAUAACGUACAGCCUUGUUUUCAGUAGAUAUAUUGCUGACGAUGUAGUGUCUUUAUUAUAAGCACAUGUUACGUGUUUCACGCGCCUGCGCAGCGACUAAUGUUGUCAGUCCGUUGUUUUUGUUACCAGGAAACUAUUGAUACUCAGACAUUGAUCUAUGUUUGUUGUUUUAAUGAGAUCAGAUUCCCAUGCAUGAAAUAUUUGCCUGCAGUCUUUGGAGAAAGGUCCAUCUCGUGCAAUAUCCUCUGCCACAUGGUGUAAGCAGCUUGAAAUUAUUAUAUAACACAUCCGAUAUAUAGAAAACGUAAAUGUGGUGCUGGAUUCCAUUCCAAUUAGCACCGUUAAUGUAUUUAACAGAAAAUCCGUUUCGUAUCAAUACCCACCUGUUCACAGAUUUGAUAAAGAUCAAAUAAAGUAAGUAAAAUAUUUUCGAACAUCAAAAAAUCUCCUUCUGAUGUGUGAAUGUCUUGGUUUAAUCUCAUCUUACACCCAGACAAGACGUUUCAACCUUUUCGCCAUGUUGAACACUUGCAAAAACAAAGUUCAUACGCAUGCCAUCCAUUUCGAACGCUUGUAGCAUGAACACAAAAUGCUAAUUGUUACAUUUGAAGCAGACGUCAGAAACGAAGGUGCCACGUGCGCUCCUCUUCACCUGCACCGGAAUCGAAUAUUGUCGGAACUACAGACAUAUCAUUAAACAUAAAAAAAAUAUUUUAAUCAAACUAAAAAUGAUAUCCUUUCUGUGUAAUUGCUGAAAAUGUCAGGUAUUUUGUUAUUGGUCGUUGUUUUCUUUCAAAUGGACUACAACGAAAAUAAUUGUUAUCAAUUUUGUCCGGAUGUUUGUUUUUUCAUUCAUAAAGUAAACAGAAUCGUACCUUACGCAACAUCGCCGAUGUGUACGCAAUAAUGCUGUUGUUCGGCUGUUAUUUGGUAUAAAUCAUUAUACGUUUAUAUGUAGAUACAAUUAAAGUGGUUAGCGAUUUACAGUACCUAUAUGUCAGCGGCGCCAUCGCGCUGAAGUGUUUCCGCACUUUUUCUCAUGUGAAUUUUUAAGAACCAUGUUCUUCAAGUUUGUCGUCUUGUUAUGAUAUUUCAAAAUUAUUUAACCAGGACAAACUCCAUUGUUUGAUUCUCAGUUUAAGUGCAAAUAUAUUUUUAUUUUGUAUUGUAAAAAUAAAAUGUAUUUAAAAGA